CAUAUUCACAAUGAAGUACAACUUGGAUGAGUUCACCAUGAUACACACAUACACAACCUUUCUCUUCUUAAGCUCGUGAAUAAUGAAUAUUGAAAUUGUUUGCUGCAAAUAUUUUCUUAUAUUCAAGCUUCUGGUUUCUUUUGAGAGUAGAUUAAAGUUUACAACUUUCUUGAAUUUCUUUGAUCUCGAAAAUUUAUCUUCUUGCAUUAUUAUCCUUCAUCUCUUGAAACCGUGCAAACCGUCCGACCAAACCGGCAUCCGAAUAACCCGUCACCCGAACUAACCGUUGAACCAAAUGGACGGCGGUGGGUUUCAUUUUUCCACCCGCGGUGGUCACUCGGAUUUGCAUUUUUCAACCGAAAUCCAACCGAACCGUCCGAUUGUCCAGCCCUACUUCAUACUGUAAUUGGUGGAAUCAUGGAAUUCUCUAAUCAAUUCAAAGAUUCAUUUAGGCAAGGUCUUAUUGCUGGCUAUUUUUUCACUGCAACCUUUGUCAUUGUUUUUUAUAUGUCUUAUUGUCUACCCACACAAGUUAUGAAGAAGAGAAAAAAGAAGAACCUUAGACAUAAGAAAAUAGGAGAGAGCUGUAAUCAUAACUCCAAACAGGAGAAGAUCAAAGAGAAACUAAAAAGGGCCAGACAAAUGAACAAAAUGUUACCUGUGCAGUUGAUAGAUAAAAGAAUACAGAUCAAUAAAGUUGGACGGUUGGCUUAUAAGAUGAACUUCACAAAAUUCUAUCAUGCAACGCAAUACUUUAGUAAGGACAAUGUCAUUGGGGUGGGAGUGACUGGGAUAAUGUACAAAACAACACUUUCCAACGGUUGCAUUUUCGCAGCUAAGAGACUACAUGAUUCUCAAUUGUGUAUCAAAAGAUUCGAAUCAGAAAUAAAGAUUUUGGGACAAUACAGUCAUAGAAACAUACUUCCCUUGAUUGGUUUCUGCAUAGAUGAAGAAAAAAAUGAAAGAGUUUUGGUGUAUCAAUACAUUUCAAAUGGAAAACUUUCUGAUUGGUUGAAUGAUGAUACUAAAACACUAGGAUGGUCAAGGGUUAUUCAAAUUGCACUUGGGAUAGCAAGAGGUUUAUGUUGCCUCCAUCAUAGCUUGCAUAUGGUUCAUCUUAAUAUAAGCUCCGAGUGUAUCUUGCUAGGGAACACUUUUGAGCCCAAAAUAUCCAAUUUUGGAGGGGCCAUGUUUAUGAAUAAUGAUGUGAACCAAAACAUAGGAUCUGGAAAGAAGGAUGUUUAUGAUUUUGGUUGUUUGCUUUUUGAGCUGAUUAAGGGGAAGAAAUUUGGCCAAACAAGUGAUUGUUUAAGUAAUACUAAUGUUCCGUUUGCGACCUACACAUAUCCUAAUCCUAUGAAUCUGUUGGAGGACCAUUUUGGGUUCUAUGAUGCAGUGAAUGAAUCUCUAAACAAGAUAGAAUUUGAAGAUGAGGUCUCUGCUCUUCUUAGAAUUGCAUGUGAUUGUAUUCAUCCUUUGUUUGAUAAAAGGCCUACUAUGCUUGAGGUGUACAGCAAGAUGGGCAACAUAUGGGAGAGAGAUGAUAUUUGUGAAGAUCCUGACCUCUUAUCGGUCGAUUUUUGAAACUCCUACGACAAAUAGAGACCAGUAUACUUAUCAAUUAACCUAUCUGGUAGGUGUCAUGUAUCCAAACAUAUUUGUAAGAUCCUGUUGUAUUGAUCCCCUUAUCGUGCCGAGGUUGGUGUUCCUCCACUCAAGUGGAAUGACACCAUUGCAGCCUAUGCCAGGAACUUUGUUAAAACGAAGAUUGAUACCUGCGUAAUGGAGCCCUCCGGUGGGCCUUAUGGCGAGAACUUUGCAACAUUUUCCGAUAAUACCGUGAAUAAUAACGAAUAACCAUGUUGUGGACAAGUGGCUCACUGAGAAGGGCCA